AUGAAUAAGAGCUAGGAUGAAGUAAAAGAAGAUUAUUUUUCUAUUAAAAAAAAGAAAUACAAUUCUUUGGAUUGUGUUUUAUCUCCAAUAGUAACAAGAAAAAAGUAAGAGAGUAUAAAUUCAUUUUAAGCAGGAUUAUAAGAAGAUUAAAAUUCAACCGCAGUUCCAGAAUCUCCAUUUAUACGAAAUUGUAGUGAAACUUUGAAUAGAUCACAACAUAAAAUACUUGACCAUUAUUUUGAAUAUGAUUACUCUUUAAAAAAAAAGAUUGAAAAAAUAAAAAUUUCAUUAUAAAAUAAAACGGGAACUGAUUCUAGCUAAAGUUUAGUUUAGAAACGCUUGGAUGAUUUAAGAAAAAAGACUCUCAUCUAUAAAUAGUUUAAUAUAUAGAAAAAUAAUAACAACAUUAAUAAUACAGGGUAAUUUUUUAUAGAAAAAGACAAAUAAAACAAUUUAAAUUUAUCACAACCUCAUCAAAUAAUAAAAUCUAAACAAGGUCAUAAAAGAAGUUUCACAAAUACUCUAUAUUGCUCUAGCAAUGAUAAGAAAAUAUUUAAUAUUUCAAGCUAGAAGUAGAAUAUAAAAACUGUAAAAUAAUCUAAUAAUUCAAGUAUGUACGAAGAACAAAUUAAAAAUGAUCAAAAUAAAAAGUAAAAUUUUAAUAAGCAAGCAAAAUCGGAAAGGAAGUAAGCAGAAUUUUGUGAUUUAUUUUAUGAAAGCAUGCAGAAAGAUGCAGAGAGAUAGUUUAAAAGCAAUAGCGAUAAGUCUAAGUCUAUUACAUAAAUAUUAGAAAAUAACUGCGAAAAUGCUAUUGUCUUGCUCAAUCAUCUUAUUUAAAUCUUGACAGAUUCCAUCCCAAUUUCAAAAAAUAGUAUCUUGCUUGAUGAAAAAUUAUCACAGUGUGUUAACUUGUCAAAUAAUUCAAAGAUAUCUUAGCUUAUGCUUGUAAUAUAAAAACUUCAAGGAAAGAUAAGUUAUUAUUAUAAUGACUUCUUAAAAUGUAUCAGAAUGAUGAAAAUUUGCAAGAAUUUUUGUUAACUUUUUGGUACCCUCAAAUUCAAAAUAAGUUGCUACAAGUAUAUUGGAUUAGGAUUUUAAAGGCUUAACAAACCUAAAGUUGCACUUGUAUACUUUGUUAAGAUGCUUAGGUAAUCGUGGUUUCUAAAGUAGGAAGACUAAGAAAUUAAUUCAUAUGAUUUUAUAGGAAUGAGCUAUUUUUAUUUAGGUAGUAUAGAUAAAGCAUAUCAAUAUCAUUAGAUGAUGAUCGAUGGUAUCAAAGCAGACGAAGAAGUAAAAAAAAUAUCUAAUAUAAUGCUAAAAAAUAGGAAAUACUCAAACUACCCUACUCUAUAAAACAUUAGAAUUAUAUAAGAAACAAGUGAUGGUUAGCCGCUAUAGAAAACAAUUAGAAAGUCUAAGAUUAUUAAUCCUUAAUUUUAACUUACUCAAUAGGAAUGGGGCGAAAAUAUCAGCUCAAGUGAAGACGAAUUUGAGUUACCCUAAAUGCAAAUAGCUGUCAAAAAUGCAGAAGAAUAGACCUUUUAAAAAAAGUUUUUAAGUACUCCUUGGAAUGACAGAUUUAUAUAGGCUCAAAUCCACAAAUUAGAAAUAGCUUAAGAAUUAAAUUACAAUAAAUUUCCUAUUGGGUUAGUUUUUAAAAAUCAGUCUGUUCUAAACUUUCCAAAUUCAAGUAAUUAACCUUAGCUAGUUGUAGGACCAUAUGCAAAUAAAAUAUACAAUUAAGAAUUAAGCUCAACAUACUCUUCUAGAUAAAGGAUUAGUCACUAAACUCCAAAUAGAGAAUUUUUUAAUUACCAUUCUUAAUUACAGUAGGUCAAAGAAUAAACACAAUUAAAUUAAAUGAAAUAGCAGUAUAAUUAAAUAGUUGACUCAAUAGAGCUGGCAAACCACUUAAUCGUUUUAAAAAAUCUAAAAAAAGUGAAAGAUUUAUUUUAAAAUUUAAUACCAUACUUGAAUGAGAAAUACUAUAAUAUUAAACAGUAAAAUACCAAAUCACUUAAAUAACAGUAAAACAGUUUUGAUGCCUAGAAUAGUAAUUAGUCUUUUCUAGGCUUACAAAAUUAUUCUAUUUAGAUAAAUGGAAUUCUUAAUAUAAAUAAUUAAACUGAUGAAUAUGUCAAUAAUUAAUCUGAUAGGAGUUAUUAAUAGUAAUCAGAUAAGCUUAAAUUGCUAAUCAAAAGUAAAAGUAGAAAUCACUCCAAAGAGAUUAAUAUGACAUAAAAUUAUUUUAAGAGUCCGUCUAAUGAGAGUAAGCAAAUUAAAAAUUUAAGAGUUAUCGUAGAUAAUAGUAACAAAAAAAAAGCUUAAUAAAAAUUAAAUCAAGAAUUUAGUAUGAAUUUCUGUGAAAGCCCAAAAUAUGACAACUCAAUUUUAUCACUUUUUAUUAAUAAAUUAUCAUAGGAAUCUGCAUUGAGAUUAGAAAUAAGGCAAAUAGGAUCUGCUUCUAGAUAUUAAAGAAAAAAGCAAUAAAAGGGAAAACAAAGAAAAGAAAAAUAUUAAAAGAAAUAAGAAGAAAAUAAAUUAAAUAUAAAAUAAUAUAAAAAGGAAAGAUAUAAUAUGGCUCUCUUUUUCAUGGCUAACACAGCCAUUUCAGUACCUUCAGUACUUGAUACUUCCCCUUGUAUGAAAUAGAUGUUGGCUUACGAAGAUUGCGUUCUCGAUGCCAAUGUUCCUCAAUAAGAAGUCAUCCAUCCUUAAUGGCCCACAAUCUGGCCUCGUCUUCUUACCGACGGUAAAUUACUCGAAUUUGAUAAGGUUCCCUUCCACCCUGAGAAUAUUUACAACUACACAUAUAUGAGACCUCUUACUAAAAAGAAUAAGCAAUAUUUGUAUGAAUGCGAAGAAGAAAGAUUCGUUUUUAAAGCUUGCCUUAGAAAGGUUAUUUCUUUGAAGAAGACUGAUAAGCAUACUUCUUGGGAUACUGCUGAAGUUGCUAACUUACAACUCACAUGA